CCCCAGAAGCACGAGUGGCUUUUGAAUUGGGAUUGAGCGAGGCGCGUGGGACUGCCUGGCGAGCGCACUAGUUCCCUCAGCGCAAGGUUCGGUCUACGCAGCGGUUGUCUAGGGGAAUUUUACUCGAUGCGGGGGAAAUCUCGGGGCAGGCUGCGUUGCUAGGGACGAUAACCAAUUAAAUGCUAUUUGAGUAUUCGGCGUAUCACAUUCACUUGGCUGUACGAAGUUGUGUGGUUAUGAUCCUCUGUGUACUUAUAAUAGUAAUGUAAAAUAGUAUCAACAUUUCAUAAUCGUAGAAAGGCCGAAAACUGGUAACCCACAUUUUCUUCUGCUUAAACUAUUUUAUAUUACUUUAACGAUCGUUGAUUCUUUUAAUUUCUGAUCACGGUAUUAUAUUUGAGAUUUUCAUUUUAAAAAAUAUAACAAAAUGAAAACGAAACGAAAAGCAGAGAUCUGUGUCAAAAAUAAAGAGAAUGUGAGAGCGACAACGGAAUGGGUCGUGCCUAGGGAAAUUUUCCGUGCGCGGGGGAACUUGUUAAAUGGCGUUGUGUUGUUGGCCGAGUCACUUCGUGCUCUCCAAUCCGUCUUCAAUGACACAAUGAGCAAAGGCAUAAGGAACUUGGUGUCGAAACGAAAGAGAAGAUUCAAAGAAGAUGGGUACGACUUGGAUCUUAGCUAUAUCACAGAUCGACUUAUUGCAAUGGGCUUCCCUGCUCAGAAGUUGGAGGGUGUGUACAGAAACCAUAUUGACGAUGUUUCCCGCUUCCUAGAAGAGAGGCACAAGGACCACUAUAGAAUAUAUAAUUUGUGCUCAGAAAGAAAUAGAUCGUAUGAUGUCACAAGAUUUCACAAUCGGGUUAGAAAUUUCCCUUUUGCUGACCAUAACCCACCGCCUCUGAUUGACAUUGAGCCGUUAUGUAAAGACAUGGCGGACUGGUUGGCUGCAGACUCAAGGAAUGUGGCUGUUGUACAUUGUAAGGCAGGAAAGGGUCGAACAGGUGUCAUGAUUUGCUGCUAUCUCCUUCACUGCCGUUCCAAGAGCUUAGCACAAGAAGCACUUGAUUUUUAUGGAGAUAAGAGAACUUUUGAUAGAAAGGGUGUUACUAUACCUAGCCAAAGAAGAUAUGUGGACUACUAUGCCAAACUAGUCAACUCAAACUUUAAUUAUAAUCCACCUUACGUACGCCUUAGGGAAGCUGUAAUGAAUGCACCGCUAUCCAGUGUAAAUUCGGAGGUGUUCCUUGUUGUGAGCUCUCACAGUAACAAAAAGGGCUAUAACUCUCAGCCUGCAGAAGUGAAGAAAGGAAAGGAAAUGAUUCAACUUGUAGUAAGAGAUGAAGUGGCCCGACCCAUCCAAGGAGACAUCAAGAUUGAGCUCAAGAGAACAAACUUUGUCAGAAGAACGGACAAGCUGUUCAGUGCUUGGCUAAAUACGCACUUUAUAUUUGAAGAAGGAAAGAAAGUAACCAAUGGGUGUCAGAUAACAGCAUCAGACCAAAACAACCACAACAACACUUGCAACACACAAAAUAGACACAGAAGCAAUAGUUUUCGCGUGGCGAAGCAUGACAACUAUAGGCGCAAGAGACGUGAGUCUGGUGAUGUGAGGGCGCUCCCUGGAGGCCUCGGUUGUGGUGGUGGGGGCAGACAAGACUCAUGUGAGAAUGAGAGGCACAUUCGAGGGGAGGUUGAGAGCAAGAGCCUUCCCACAGGCCAUCUUACCCAUCUUACUGAUGAGGAGUGGACCCCUAUUGGCAAUCUCAGUCCCCCUCCACAUCCCCGCCAGCAAAGUCGCCACCGCCGUCGCCACCACACCCAGCACCUCCCUGUAUGUGGUGGAGCUCGAGACUCUUGGGAGGACUCUAAAAAAGGAGAGCAGGAGGUACUGGUAGUCCUCACCAAAAAUGAGCUAGACAAGGCCAACAAAGAUACACAUCACAAAUUGUUACCAGAAGACUUUAGGAUAAAACUAUGGUGGCUGGUUACAUAUGUUAACAAAGGAGGAAGCAAUGCCUUAGAGUCUCGGGAAAGUGGUUCGACUCCAAGCACAAUCACGCCCUCUGGUUCCUCGUCUGACACCGAUGACGACGAUGAUGAUGACGAAGAAGAGGGAAGUGACUGGGACUCAGGCGAGUCCACCCACUUGUGAGCGCACGAAGCUUUGGCUGAGUAUUUUGGCUUGGCAUUGCGUACCUGACCCACCGGAACUGAUGCAUGUAGCAUUUCCCGUUCACAAUCUUAGGGCAGUGCUGGUCAUCCCUUACCCACUUUAUGCAGUCUACGACAAAGUUCAGUUCAUCUGUGAUGGAUGGCCAUAUGAGAAUGUUUAGUAUUUUCAUGGAUAAGUAAAUUUCCCAUACCCUGAUGUAUAAGGGUUAAGUUCAGUUGGCCACAGUCUUCAAUCUUCAGUUUGUAAUAACUUUUAUUGAAGUGCAAAUGCAUGUUAAUAUGAAAAAAAGACUGAAGACAGGAAUUUUAAGCUGCCAUGGAAGUUGCUCUGAAAUGGAUAAGUUCAGUUUAAGUAAAAAGUUGGGAUUUUUUUUUUUUAUAUGACCAAUGUCAGAGGAUUCAGGAUUUUAGAAAUUUUCGUACUAUUUCCAGAUUUUAUGAAUAAGAAAAAGAUCAACAAAAGAGUGCUUGUGUAUCUGUAUAUACAAAACUUGGCAAAUACGCCUCACAAAAAGAAAAGUAAUUUAUUAAUGUACAUUAAACAAUACUCCUUGAUCUCGUUUUGUGACAGUUCAGGUGUUAAUACAUUUAUUCUUAGAGUAGCAGAUGUUUGAAGUGUAGGAGAAAAAAAAAAAAGUAUAUUUUUUCGCAUAACUUUAUGACAAAAAGUAAAAAAAAAAAGAUAAAAAAAGGAAUCAAUACACGGCAUGUUUAACAAGUAGCUCCAUUUCUACAUUUUACCUUAUGAAUAUCAUAUUGAGCAACUUGUAACUGAAUGUAAAGUACAGAAUUAUUUGCUUCGUGUUAGGAAAUUUUAGGAAUGUUUGAAGAGUUUAUUUUUCAUAUUUUAUCAUCUAACAUCCCCUCUGCUUUGUGUUCUCUAUGAAAGUGCAGUAUGUAGCAAUAAGUUUGCUUAUAGCAUAGUUUAAAUGAUAUGGAUAGUGAAUAAUGGCAGUUAGGGGAUAAUACAGGGAUGAUUAAUAUUAGGUUGUUUCUUGGUAGCAAACUUAGCCCAUUUCACAGUUUGACACGGCUGAGGCUUAUUAUUUGUAGUGUACAGGAUAUACCAUGACAUGUGCAGUUGCUUAGGCCAGUAUAAAGCACUGCAUUAUAUUUUUGCAUAUUUGUUGAAAUAAUGUAAUUUUAUUCCUAUUUUAUUCAUCUGUUAUACAAAUGCCCAUAUGUUGCCAAAGGCAUAAAUGUUUAUUUGCAGUGCAGGUUGCCUGCAACCAUAUUCCAACCCGGUAUAUGGGCCAUCUGGGGAUGUUAAACUGACCUUUUAUUAAAAGAAAAAAAAGAUGAUACCUAAGGUAUGAUUUCAUGGUAACAUUAUUUUUAAAAUGUAAAAAAAAAAAAAAACUUUUAUCAGUUUUGUUGUAGUGAUGCUAAAAGCUUUUUUUUCUCUUUUAUCUAAUUUAUGCUGUGAGAAGGUUGUCACACUAGCUUUCUGAAUAGCAUAAGGGAUGUCAAUAUGCCUGAAAGGAUAGGCUAUGAUAAGUGUUGAGGUAGAGGAAAGAUUCUAAUGUAGUCAUUUUUUUUAUUUUCUUUUAUUUUUUACUCAGUUUCACUGUAGUUUACAUUAGAAAAGUACAAACUAUAAUUAGAUUUACCGUAAUUAGAAAUAGUAUCUUGCAUUUAAAUUGUAAUUAAUUUAUCUGUUGGUAGGCAUUAUGGUAAUAUGUGGAAGUGAUGUAUUUUAAAGGGGUUUCAUUUGUUUUCAUUUGUAUAUAAAUCUAUUUUUAUUUUUUGUUAAUUAUUAGUCUGAAGUAAUAUUGUAGACGAUAAAAACUUGUACCACAUGACACCAAAGAUGUACAUUAUUCCCAGGCAUCACUCACAAAGACUUGUUUUCAGUGUGUAAUAUCAGCCAUUCCAAAAUGAUACUUUUUAAAAUCUGUUUUGUUUUCAUUAAUAUUUGGAACUUUAAGUUUCAAAAAUAAAUUGCACAGAAUCUUGUAAAAAAGGAGCUAAAUGUAAUAUCAGAUACAAAAUGUUGUAACCAUAUAUAUCCAUAAGCAAAGAAAACAAAAACAAAAAAUCAAGAGGAAUCAUUUUAAUUGGUUGAUAUACCACUCAUUACAUAAGUUUCAGCAUCUUCAUUCACGUACAACCUGGGAAACUGGAACUUCUAUUGUAAGAGGAAUAUUUUUUUCUCCAAAUAUGAUGUUACAACUUUUGCCCCUGUGGAGACAGAUAUUUUCUGUUGAAUAAAAUAUACACAGAACAAGUUCGUAAUUUCAGGAGGAAUAUACUCCUUUACCCAGACCCUUAAAUAUAGUAAUAAUAAUACUUUACUUUUGUUA